UUCAAAUCACUUCCUCCAUUCCUACAUAAUUUAAAUUACAUACGAUUUCAAACAGACAAACAAUCAAGCAGCAAGUAAAUUCACUACUGUACAAACUAAAUUAUCCUACAUACACUGGACAAAAUGCGCAUUGCACCUCUUCCUCUUUCUGCUCUACCUCUCUGGUGCAGGUCGAAUAAUGUAGAAUUCCUCGACACUACUGUUCGCUCAUCUGAAAUAUGUCUGCACGGAGACAAUGCCAGUCCUCAAAAUGGCAUCAGCACUACAAGAGCAUUGACCACAGUGAAUACGUGUGACAUCCCCACCGUACUCGACAUCCCUAGUGAUCUUAUACUGGGUAAAGACUUUCUUUUGGAAAUUGAGAAGGUAGAUCACCAUUUCAAGCAAUUAAGAGAGUUAGUGGGGGAGAGGUCGAUUAGAUUAGACAUUAUGUUAUUUUUGUUGCUACAGAUCACUAUUGCAAGAAACGAUACGACUGCAAUAUGCACAUCUUGUUAUCAACAACAGGUAAAUGUUGAAAAUCCGCUCGAGACCUGGUCGUGCUGUAAGUUGAUCGAAGCCAUGCUGACCAACUUCAUAGUUGGACUGUUACGGAUUUGAGGAAACUGAAAGUGGCAAUUGCCACAACUGUGACGGUUCGGAACAAGAGUGCAUUUUGUCCACGGCAGUACCACAACCGGAUAGAGCCUCUAACGUUGGCGUGAGGAAUCCGUGGUCAGACUACGUAAGGUUUCUACCGCAGAAGGUUCCAUUACCUACGAUGUGGAAUGACGAAGAGAGAAUGCUUUUGACGGGGACGUCUUUAGAAGUAUGGUAGAAGGAAACUACAGUUGCCGCUAUAAUACUUGCUGAUGCUCGCUCAGGAUUCCGUCAUUAGCAAAAUGGUUGUACUAUCACGAGAGUUUGGAGAUCUGCGUGAGAAGACCAUCCAAAUACCUUGGUGUCACUCGUGCUGGUGGGAAGACGGUGGACCAUUUCAACCAUUACUACUCUCAGACUGGGUGCGACUCGAUGCUUUGUACAGAUCAAGGUCUUUAGUACUUGGAAAUGCUGGCGACGUGAUGGUGCCUGUUCUUGACAUGGCCAAUCAUUCAUUCCAACACACCGCAUUCUGGAGACAGGCAUCCAAUGGCAAUGCCGUACUUGUUCUUGAGCAGGGUAUACAAUUGGACGCAGGAAGCGAAGUUACCAUUAAUUAUGGAGCAAGAAGUGAUGCCGAGAAUCUCUUCAAUUAUGGUUUCAUCGAUGAAAAGAUUCCAUUUGCAUCAUUAGUAUUAGGAGUGGAGCCAAUGGGGACUGACCCGUUGCGCACAGCAAAAGUUGCUGCAUUUCAAAAACGCCCAUCCAUUCGUAUCAUAGGCCAUUCGGAUGGACAAACUUCAUGGGAGUGCCCAUUCCUUUACCUUGCUUGCUUGAACGAGGAAGACGGCUUGGAGUUCAAAACUGUGCAACAAGUUGAUGGCGAGCAAUCAUUGGAAGUUUUCUGGCAAGGGACAGAUGUCACAGAAUCUGUUGAUCAAUUUGAGACAUUGAUCAGUGGUCACAGACUGGAGGACGUUUUCAAGCUUCGAGCUACAGAAUUAGUUCGAGAUAGGGUCGAAGUGCAAUUAGAGCGUCUUCUUGAAAGCAGACAAAUAACGGAAUCUUUGAGGGAUGAGAUGAUCGACCGGGACACUCGACGCAAUGCAUCGGAAUUGAAACGGAUAGAGAGUGUCGUGCUAGAGGCGGUUUAUGGGUCUCUCAUUGAAGAAGUUUGUUAUAUUCUUUUCGGAUAUCUCGUUUAUCGCUAACAAUUCCUAGAUAUCGGAGCUAUCCAAAAUCGUUCAUGUUACUCAACUUCUGCAAUCAGUGCAUGUCGAUAGUGAUGAUCUCGGCCCCGAAAGCAACGAAGAGGACGAUUUCAGUUGAAGUAGUCCAAAUGCAGGCGCAAUAUUGCCCCGGAAAAUACAAGCUCCCCAGUACGCUUAAGAAUUAUCCCGAAGAUACGAACCGUUAGUCUCAGUACAAAACAUAAGAUAAGACGUUUUCUAUCAUCUGAAAAAUAUGAUUAGUUGUCAACAACUUUGUGGAGCGUAAUAUAUUAAGAGGAAUGAAACGUGCGUAAGGAUUAAUAUACCGGCAGGUCAAACA